GGGGGUCCGAGGGGCCGCUGGGCACCGGCGGCGGCGCUGAUGUCGCAGGUGCGGGCGGUGACGUCACGGCGCGGGAUGAGUCACGGUGCCGUGAUGCGGUCCCCGGGCACGCAGCACCCCCCCCCGCCCGGUGCCCGCCCCGGGGACAGCGGCAACGGCGGCAGCGGGGACACCGGCCGCCGCCCCCUCUCCGCCCUCGUGCUCCGCGGAAGGACGGCCCUGGGCGCUCUGCUGCGCUGCUUCCCCUGCGAGCGGCUCUGUGGGGGGGCCGCGGUGCCCCCCGGGGCGCUGCCGCCCGCCACGGGCCCCCCCCCCCGCCGCCGUCGGCCCCCCCGCACGUUCCGCAGCUACCUGCCGCGCUCGCACCGCACCUACAGCUGCGUGCACUGCCGCGCUCACCUCGCCCGCCACGAGGAGCUCAUCUCCAAGUCGUUCCAGGGCAGCCACGGCCGUGCCUACCUGUUCAACUCGGUGGUGAACGUGGGCUGUGGCCCUGCGGAGCAGCGACUGCUGCUGACGGGGCUGCACUCGGUGGCGGAUAUCUUCUGCCAGAGCUGCAAAACCACCCUGGGCUGGAAAUAUGAACAGGCCUUCGAGAGCAGCCAGAAGUACAAGGAGGGGAAGUUCAUCAUCGAGAUGUCCCACAUGGUGAAGGAGAACGGCUGGGACUGAGUGCGGGGGGGGGCACCCCCAGCACCACCCAUGGUGGGUGCUGGCAGCAGGUGCCCAUCGCCCCCACCCACCCACCCGGUGCAGCCGCUGCCUCGGGGCUUUUCUAGGGCAAUAAAAGCAGUUUUGUAGGA